UCCCCGCCCGCCCCUUUUAAAGCUAGGCUGCUCGCUUCUGCUUGGGUCCUCGGCUGCUGCUAGGGUUUCGUCUCGAGGAGAAGGCCGGGCGAAGCUCCCACAGAUCCCUUCACCUGUCUCGCGUUCGAGGCUAGGCAGCCGCCAUGAGCCGAUCGGGGCAGCCUCCGGAUCUCAAGAAGUACAUGGACAAGAAGCUUCAGAUCAAGCUGAAUGCAAACCGUGUUGUUAUUGGCACACUUCGAGGAUUUGACCAGUUCAUGAAUCUGGUGGUGGAUAACACUGUUGAGGUCAAUGGAAAUGACAAGACUGAUAUUGGAAUGGUGGUUAUCAGGGGGAACAGUGUUGUCAUGAUCGAGGCGCUGGAGCCUGUUGCCAAGUCGCAGUGAAUCAAUCAUCAUUCUGCUUCAGCAGAUGGAGGCACCAACUGCUUGAAAACUGAUGUAAAUGAUAUCAGUCAACCUGUUGUACUUUAACAGUAUCUGCACAGCAAUAUAACCUUGAAUGUGCGAGUCUAGUCAUGUCCGUACUUGUUGAUUGUGGCUAUGUAAUCAUCUGCUGAUGCUUAUGAUAAAACUUAAUUUAACUCAAGCGUACUUGGUUGUGUGCA